AUGCAGAAAGCAGCAACUGUGAUUACUCUGCUGGUCCUGGGAUGGACCUGGAGCCUCGAGGGGCUCCCUGUACUCACAGACCCACUUUAUCCCACACAGGAAAACUUUGAUUUAACCCAGUAUUUGGGAACAUGGCAUGAUAUUGCCAUUGCAUCCACAUGUCCCUAUAUGCAACGUUACAAGUCAGGCGCAGCCAUCGGAAAACUGGUACUUCAGAGAGGUGAUAAUGAAGGCAAACUCAAGGUGACUCGAACUUCACUGAGACGAGGAACAUGUAUGGAGAGGAUUGAGGAUUAUGAGCUGACCACCACACCAGGACGAUUCUUCUAUCAUGUUGCAAAGUGGGGGGCAGACGUGGACGCAUACGUGGUUCACACAAACUACAAUGAGUACGCCAUAGUAAUAAUGAGCAAGCAGAAGUUAUCAGGCAAUAAGACCACCUCAGUUAAGCUUUACAGUCGAACUAUGACUGUGAGAAACACUGUCCUGGAUGACUUUAAAAGACUGGUUAAAGACCAGGGAAUGAGUGAUGCCAAUAUUAUCAUUAAACAGAACAAAGGUGACUGUGUUCCUGGAGAGGAGGUGGCAACAGCCACAGCUCAGCCUAAGCCUAAGCCUCAGCGUGUGAGGAGAAACGCAGUGCCUUCUUUGGCUCCAGAUGUGGAGGGCUCUGGUGAUGAUACAGCUAUGUUCAAUGGGACUGAGGCCUGUAAAGCAGCACCAGACACAGGACCGUGUUUCGGGAUCCACCUGCGUUACUACUACAACUCCUCUUCAAUGAACUGCGAGCUCUUCAAGUAUGGAGGAUGUUUGGGCAAUCAGAACAACUUUGAAAGUGAAAGGGACUGUUUGCAGAGUUGCCGCACCGAAGCUGUGUGCCGUCUGCCUAUGGAUGCUCAGCCCUGCACAGGGAAGCCUCCCAUCUGGGCUUUUGACUCCACCGCUGGUCUGUGUGUGGCCUACAAAAACGGCUUCUGCCAGGCCAACGGCAACAAGUUCUACAGCAAGGCAGAGUGUGAGGAGUACUGCGGGGUGAUGAAAGAUGGAGGAGAUGAAUUUAUCUAA